UUGACAGAACGCACGUCGGCGUGUGGGGACAUCUCAGAGAGUUUGAGUGGCGGCGUGCGAGUGCCCUACCCGGGCACAUGCGUCCGGCUUGGCUAUGCUGACACCCGCGUUCGACCUCAGCCAGGAUCCCGACUUCCUGACCGUAGCCAUUCGCGUGCCCUACGCCCGGGUCUCCGAAUUCGAUGUCUACUUCGAAGGGGUCGACUUCAAGUUCUACGCCAAGCCGUACUUCCUCAGAUUAACCCUUCCUGGAAGAAUUGUAGAGAAUGGAAGCGAGCGAGGGUCCUAUGAUGCAGAUAAAGGAAUUUUUACCAUUCGAUUGCCCAAAGAAACUCCUGGACAGCAUUUUGAGGGGCUGAACAUGUUAACUGCUCUUCUAGCACCAAGAAAAUCCAGGACUGCAAAACCACUCGUGGAAGAAAUAGGUGCUUCUGAAGUUUCUGAGGAAGGAGUAGAUGAUGACGAUGAAGAAUUUGAUUGGCAAAUUGAACAAUCCCCCUAUGAAGAGGUAUCAGAAAGUGCUUUGAAUCCACAGUGCUACUACGGAUUUGGAAACUUACGUUCAGGCGUGUUUCAGAGGUUACAGGAUGAAUUGAGUGAUGUUAUUGAUAUCAAGGAUCCAGAUUUCACUCCUGCAGCUGAACGCAGGCAGAAACGUGUGGCUGCUGAGUUGGCCAAAUUUGAUCCUGACCAUUACCUAGCUGACUUUUUUGAAGAUGAGGCCAUUGAACAGGUUUUGAAGUAUAAUCCUUGGUGGAGUGAUAUAUAUUCAAAAAUGAUGGCCUCUUUGGGGAAGAGUCAGGAGCAGGACAAUCUCGCCACAUUAGUGUCUUUUUCUGAAGAAGAGAAAUAUCAGCUACGAAAAUUUGUCAAUAAAUCCUACCUGCUGGACAAGAGAGCCCAUCAUCAAGUGUACUGCAGUCUGAUUGAUAUCCUUCUGGCAUAUUGCUAUGAAAUGCGUGUCACUGAAGGGGAGAAAAAUGUUGAAUCUGCAUGGAAUAUCAGAAAAUUGAGUUCCACACUGUGCUGGUUUGAGACUUGGACUAAUGUUCAUGAAAUCCUGGUGUCUUUUGGAAGAAGAGUUUUGUGCUAUCCACUUUAUCGCCAUUUCAAGCUGGUGAUGAAAGUCUACAGAGAUACUAUAAAGAUAUUGCAACUAGGUAAAAGUGCAGUUUUAAAGUGUCUCCUGGAUAUUCACAAAAUUUUUCAGGAAAACGACCCAGCUUACAUUCUAAAUGAUCUCUACAUCUCCGACUAUUGUGUAUGGAUUCAAAAAGCCAAGUCCAAAAAGUUGGCGGCUCUUGCAGAAGCCUUAAAGAAAGUCUCUCUUACAAAGGCCCAGCUGGGGUUAGAACUGGAAGAACUGGAAGCAGCAGCACUUCUUGUCCAGGAGGAAGAAAAUGCAUCCAAAGCAGCCCAUUCAGCUUGCAGGCAACAGACACCUCGCUCUGGUUCGGAGGCAGGUGAUUCCGAGGAAUCUGACAGAAACUCAUCCUGUGGAACCCAAGACUCAGAUUCAGAAGAAGAGCUCAGAGACAGCGAAUCUGAGACAGUAAAUUCUUUGCAAGGUCCUCUUCUAGAAGAAAGCAGGACCCUGUGUAUUGAUGAUGGUGAGGUGUGCAGAAACCCCGCCAUCCUGAAGUCUGAUGUUAGUCAGGGACAACCAUGUGCCCCAUUACCAGCUCUCGGAAUGUCUCAGCCUCUGAUAGAGGAGCUUGGAGAACAACUAAAGACUGCGAUCCAGGUGUCCGAACCUGAGGGCUCUGCUUCUGGAAAUCAGAGCAACAUGCAGGACAGAGGUGAGCGACUGGCAGACCCAAGUAAUUGACUCUGGAUUUAUUCGUUGUUGAGAAUGUGUCCCAUUUGGUUUCAUUUAUUGAAGUAGAAUCCCUCAUUUUCACUCUGUACUUUUUUUUUUUUUUUUGAUACAUAAAACAUUAAGUGAUCUGAUGUUGAUACCUUUAGGUUUCUUUAUUGCAACUUUAAAAAUAAAGUUCUGAUGUAUUUUUACCAAACUGUAAUUAAGGCUUGCAGGUUGAAAAUCAUAGUUCUGCUGCCAGGAUCUCUAGAAUGUAGAGUCUAUUAAUACUUUUAGAAGUUUUACUGAGGUAUGCUUGACAUGCAAUAAACAGCACAUAUUUAAGGUGUAUACAACUUGGUAAGUGCUGACCUAUGUACACACCUGUGAAAGCAUCUCCACAAGCUAGAUAAGGACAUAUCCGUCAUCCCCAGUGAACUCCUGCCCCACUGUCAUCCCUCCCUCUGCCCCUCCCCACACGUCUCUCACCCCCAUUCCCCAGGCAACCACUGAUCUGCUUUCCACCACUAUACAUUUCUUAGAAUUUUAUGUAAAUUGAAUCAUGUAGUAUGUACUCUUUUUUUUUGUCAGGCUUAUUUCACACAGUAUAAUUAUUUUGAGAUUUAUCCAUGUGAUAGCAUGUACCUAAAGUUUGCUGCUGCUUGUUGUUACUGAUUUAUUAUUUCUGAGUAGUAGUUCAUUGAAUAGAUUGAUCUAUUCACCAAUUGAUGGAAUUUGCAUUGUUUCCAGUUUGGAGCUAUAACAAAUAAAACUGUUGUGGUCAUUUGUGCA